CAAGAUUGUUCUUUCCUCUCCAUUCUCCUCCUCCUGUCUGCUUCCUGGAACCAACAUGGAGUCUGCUCAACAUCACAUGACGGAAGAGAUGGAGAAUGACGUCUUUACCGAUAGAAUGAUCUUGGUGUCUGUCGACGCGCAGUUGAACAGGAAGAAAACUCACAGGCGGCCUGUCUGUGAUGCUGUGUACGUGCCAUGCAUCAAUCGCACCAGAGAAGUGGCACAUGGUCCUCAGAUCCAACCGGAGCCUAUCGCACCGGCCAACUCGGACCCCACUGCACCGGCCGAUAUGGGUACCUCACGCAAGAGGGCACGCAGUCCUUGCCCGAGGGAUUGUCGUCCGAGAGUUUUCCGCAACCGACGUGGGGAGAGAGUUGUGACGGUCAGGACAGAGGCGCCGGGCACUCCACUGGACCCUCUCCUCCUUCAGCUCGCCGACGAGCCCGUGUGCAAUGGUGGCCUCUCUCGCUACUUCCUGCUCGAGCUCCUGAGGAAGGUUCGUGACAGUGCCAUGAUGCCGCACUCGAACCCGGCAGCAUCUUCCCAUGCCAUCGACACGCUGACAAAGGUUCCUGCUGAGGAAUUGAAGGAGGAGAACGCUCAGACAGUAUGUGCGAUCUGCCAUGAGAACAUGGAGGGCGAAGUGAGGCAGAUGCCAUGUGCUCACAGCUUCCACGAGGACUGCAUCGUCAACUGGCUCCAGAUCUGCAACAACUGCCCCUGCUGCAGAUGCGAAGUCGAGUCCUGCUGCCCUAUGUACAACAGGGUGAAGAGGAACUCGAUUCGGGGGGAGGUCAGGGAGGAGGCAAUGGUUGCCCCCGAGGCGAUCAUGAAGACUCCGACCCCCCAGGAGUUACUUGUCAGCCUCUACGCAGCGUGCCAGGCGCACCGUGACACUGCUAGGAGCCAGAGGCAGCAGCUAAGGAAGCGAUUUUCCUUCUAAGAUUAGACCUUGGGCGAUAGAUGGGUUGUUGUUUAAUGAAACAUGAUUUUUUCAC